AUGUAUAAUAUCGUGUACAUAUUCUUUUAUUUAAUAGUUAUAUUUUGUAUACAGUGGGAAUCUGUAGUGAGUAUAAGUAUCUCCCCACAAAAGAGAUACUCCCAUAAUUCUUUGAAGAAUUAUAUUAAUGAAGGUGAGAGGAAAAAAAAGAUAUAUUUGUUUAAUGAAAAAAAUAAUAAAUUUUUAUUUAUGUCAUAUAUGAAAAAAAAAAAAAAAAAAACACACACAGGAAGAAAAGAAAACUUAUACACACACAAAAAAAAGAAAAGGAAAGAAUAUUAUACUUAUAAUAAUAUUUAUAAAGAUAUAAUUAAUAAUUUGUUUAAAAGAGACAUAUACUCUAAAUUAUAUAACAAUAUUAAAUAUAAACAUAAAAGUAUUCCGUUUAAUAAAAAAUUUAUUUAUCAUAACAAGAAUUUAUUAUUUUAUUCUUACAUUUAUGAACAUUUUUUGGCUAGUUUUGCCAGUUUAGCUAGCCGAGAAAAAAAAAAAAAAAAAAUAAUAACAAUAAAAAAAAAAAAAUAUAAUAAUAAUAGAAAAAAUGGGAAAAUUUUUUUGGACACAUUUAAUAGUAAUGAAUAUGAAGAAGAACAAGAAGAAUUAGAACUAGAUCCUGAGUUACAUGAAAGUUUAGGAGGAUGUUUAGAAAAUGAUUUCCAGGAUAAUUAUUUUGAUACAUUACUUGGUAGUAGUGAAAUUGAUUAUAAUUGUGAUGAAGAUAAAUAUGAUAAAGAUGAUGUGUGUGAAGAGACCAAAAGAAAAAAAUAUUAUGUGUAUGGUAGAAAAUAUACUGAUAAAGAUUAUAAUUCUGAACAUGUUAAUAAAUAUUAUAAGCAUUUACCAAUAUAUUCAAAAGAUGAUAGUAUAUUAUCGAAUAAAAAUUUUAAGAGAAUAUAUGAAUCAAAUAAAAUGGAAAAUUUAGAAAGGAAUAUAAGAGAAGAAGAUUUAUAUUAUCCAUCAGUACCUAUAAAAUGGAAAUUAUAUGUAGGUAUAUUUUUUGAUAAAAAAUAUAAUUAUGAAAAUGAUGAAGAUAAAAAUAUAUAUGAUAAAUUUAAUAUUAAUAUACGUCAUAAAUAUGUACUCGAAUUUUUAUCAUGGGUUAAAUUAUCUACAAGAAUAUAUCAAAAUACAUCUAAAAUAUUAAUGUUAUUUAAUUUAAAAAGAAAUCAAAACAUAUUUGGAAAUUUGAUCUUUUUUACAUCAUUAAAUUUACAUUAUGCAAAUUUAUUUAUGAAAUCAAAUCCAUAUAUUAAAUUAGGAUUGUGUGAAGAAUUAUAUUUAUAUUCUUAUGAAAAUAAUAGUGAUCAUUUUUUGUUAGGAACCUUUCCUAAUUUAUCUAUACAAAAAAAUUUUCUACUUAUCAAAUUUUUUAAUCCGAAGAAACUACAAGAUAUAAAUGAUUUAUAUGAAAAACAUAUGAGAUUUUAUAUUCGUUCCAAUAUGAUAUUUAAAUUAGGUGUCUUAAAAAAAGUUCCCAAGGAUAAGCUACAAGACUUCUUUUUAUCACCUCACCAAUAUUUACCUAUAACAAAUGAACAAACCUCAACCGUUUUGAAAAAAUUUGAUGAGGAAUUUAAAAUGUUUGAAAAUUGUGCAAGUGUCGAUGUAAAUAGGAAUAGUGAAAUACAAAAUGUUGAAGGUGAUAAGGAGGAGAACUCUACCUAUAAUAAAAAGGUACGGGACGACCAUGAUGAAAAAAAUGAGGAAGAUUUUGGUAAUGAUUAUAAUAACGAUGAGACUUUUAUUAAAUAUGACAACAGUUGUUUAGCAGAAUUAAAUAUUAUAAACUGUAAAGAUGACGAAGAGGCUGACGAAUUUAUUCAAAAGGAUCCUUAUAUGCGAUCCUGUUUUUAUGAUAGUAUUUUUGUGUGUGAAGCAGCUGAGUUAAGUCCCCAUAUAAAAUAUUCUGAGGCAUAUAUGCCUAAAUUAAGAUCAAAAGUUAAUUACAAAUAUGAAUUAGAUACAGAUUUGAAUCCUACGGAAUGCUUAGAGAAUAAGCCUGAGUAUUUAGGGAAUAGACGUUUGGAUGGUAAGGGUUUAAAUAAUUAUAAUAAAGUUGAUUUUGAUAUAUUAGAUACAUUUAUAAAAUUGAAGUAUACUAAUCAGGAGGUACAAUUAGAAGAUUCUACCUAUAAUGAAAAUGAUAAGUUCAGAGAAUAUAAUGGAAAAAAAGAAGAAUUAAGAGAUUCAAGAAAAAAUGAACAAGAGUAUACUGAAACGUUGAGAAAUAACAGUAUGAUUAUUAAUUUGGAGAAUAAUAAAAAAAUGGAUAUUACUAAGAAUGAUGAACAGAUAGGUAAGAGUUAUAUAUCUUCAUAUAAUAACAUUUUUGGAAAUCGAAAAAAUAAAUAUGUUUUAAAAUCUGAUAAUAAUGGUGGUAAGAAUUAUAGGAUAAAGAUUGUGGAUUAUGAUAAUGAUUAUAUGGAUUAUCUGUGUAAUGUUCAAGAAAAUAAAAUAUUAUAUGUGAAGAACAAGUACAAAAUAAAUAUAUUACAUAAUAAUAGAAAUAAAGAAAAGUAUGAAAAUAAUGAUAAUAUUGAGAAUAAUUCUUAUCAUCAUAUAUAUGAUACUUUAAAUGAGGAUAAGAAAAAUCCCUUCAUUAAUAAAGAAAAGGAUAUCAUAUUAAUUGACAAUUCUUUACAAUUUUUUGAUCAUAUAUUUUUUAAAGAUUAUUUAUCAGAUUAUGUAUAUAUAUCCUUACCUCCAGGAGAAUAUAUUGAAGAUCCUUAUACAAUUAAGGAUGAAAAAAAUUAUGAAUUUACAAGAUUUAAUAAUUCUUUAGCGUCACAAGAUGAUUUUUUGAAAAGACAAAAUUAUCUUCCAAGUUUUUUAAAAGGUAUAUGGUUAAAAAAAGAUCACUCCAAAAUUUUAUUUUAUGAUAAACAAAAUAAUGCAUUAUUAUUUGGAACUGGUAUUGAUAAAACAUUUUCUUGGAAUAAAAAAGUGGAUAAUAAAAUAAUGAAAAGAGCAUUAAUAAAUAUGGAGAUAGCUCUCGAAAAAAUAAGGAAAGGAAGUUCAGUUAUACAUGAGGAUGAUAUAACUAUUCAUAAUGAAACUGAAAGAAUUCAGAAAGAAUAUACUGACCCUUAUACAUCUUUUAAAAAAAGAUUUACGUCUGUGCAUAAUCAUCUUCAGACAUCAGAUGGGUACAAGGAUAUGAAGCCUCCCCCUGGACUGGAAUAUCUAAAUCCGCUCAUUUGGGAUAAGACACCAGAUGAACACAAAAAGUUAAUCCUAGAUACAGACAAAGUUCAAGAGAUCCAUUCAAAAUUUCUUAAAAAACUUGAACUAUAUAAAGUAUCGAUAGACGAUGAUCCUUUUAUUCAAAAGGUUCCUUCAGAAAGUGAUCUUUUAAAUCAUUCAGAUAAGGUUAAUAUUGAAAUUUUAUAA